AUGGCUCGAAUUAAACGUCCUUUAUUUGGUGGUGCUAUUCAAGCAUUUUUACCUGAUGGAGCUAUUGAUGCAAGUUCAAUUCGACUUGUUCCAAAUAAUCAAGAAGUAUAUAUACAUGCUGAAUCUGAUCAAAGUAUAAUUGUUGCAAUUCUUGAACGAGUUGAUGUAGUAUCUGAUGAAAAUGCUAUUAAAUAUCAUUUUGAUGCAUUAGCUGAAGCAAAUGAUGCUAAUAGUAGUCAAGAUCAUACUGUCGAUAGAAUCGAAUCAAUUCCAAUCAAUUCACUUAUUGUUCAACGAUUAUCCUCAGCUUGGUAUCUAUUUGGUCGACAACAAAUAUCAAAAUAUCAUGAACAAGCAAAAAAUCUGGUUCAUAUUCAUGUUUGUCUUCUUCGCUUGGGUGGUGAUCUUGCAACAGAUAUUCUUAUUUCAUUCAAUGAUCCAGUUUUUAUUAAUGAACAAAGUAGUAGUAAUGAUCAACAAAAUCAAAAUGCUUCACGAUGGACAUCACACGAUUUCGAACAAUUUUUUCGUUCAUUAGAAAUCAUCGAUUUUGAUUUAUUCGUAACAGAAUCUAAUAAUGAAAAUUCACAAUCGAAUGAUGUUGAUAUUGCAUGUACAACAAAAGAACCUUGUGUAAUCGAUGCAAAUAAAUAUCAAUGUUCAAAUUCAGAAACAUUUUGUGUUAAAAAUAAUAUUUUUUUCGAUGUAGCUGAACGUGGUUGUGGUAUGAGAAUUUAUAUUGUCUUAUAUAGUUUUGUUUUUGAAUAUAUCUAA